ACCCUGUUCAUUCAUUCAGAAAAGUGCGGUGGUUUCUCGUGAACGAGCAACCCAGAAAAAGUACACCUGUCGCGUAAGCGUCCUCAGGCAGCAGCUCCCCGGUCGCGGUCUCUGUCUCUCUGAAGGGAAAGCUCUGUUUCCCCUUCCCGGUGCCGGAGUCGGGGAAGGUCACCGCGGGCGCGAGCCGAUGGACAGCAACAACCUCCUGGCGGCGUGGCCGGUCCUGGGGCCGGGCGUCGCCGGCGCCGUAUUCGGCGCAGGCUGGUGGUUUUGGGUCGACGCCGUCGUCUGCAGCGCCGCCGCCGUGCCAUUCCUCCACUACCUCCCAGGGUUCUUCGCCUCGUUCGCCGCGCUCAUGUUCAACUGCGUCAACCGGGAGGACAUCGGCGAUGGCUACUACUCACCGUACGACGACUCCGAGUGGAGGGUGAAGCUCUGGCUUUUUAUUUCGUACGUGGUGUCGUUUGUUUCGCUGGCCGGGGCAGUGGGUUUCUUGGUUCAAGAUGCGCUUACGGAUACGGGGCCAUCUGCGUGGACUGGCAGUGCUGGCAUCCUGCAGUGCGUGUUUGUGUUAGUGAGUGGGCUGAUCUACUGGACGUGCCACUCUGAAGAUUGACUUAAGAAGUAUAGGUAUAUAUGGCCAAGGAGGAGGAGGAUGGAGACUGCUUUUCUCAGAAGCGAUUGCUUUUCCGUAGUACGUUUCUGGAGGCACCUUUGGACCGUGCUUUCCGAAACGGGUGGAAUAAAGAGCCAUUUUCUAGUUGUUUCAAGAGAGAUGUAGAUAAGCUGUACUACUAUUUUACACGUGUUUAUAGUCGUGUAUCAUGUUGCUUAAAACUACUUUGUGAGGUGUUGUUUUGGAGCAAGAAACUUAUAGGGGUGCUAAGUACUCGCUCUGUUUCUUUUUAGCUGUCGCCGGAUAGUUCAAUUUUGCACUAUACAGCGACAACUAAAAUGAAAUGAAUGGAGUAGUCAGGAAACAUCGUUACA